AUGACUUCAAGGAAGAAAGUCCUCCUGAAAGUCAUCAUCCUCGGAGACUCUGGAGUGGGGAAGACCUCGUUGAUGAACCAGUAUGUGAAUAAGAAGUUCAGUAACCAGUACAAAGCUACGAUAGGUGCAGACUUCUUGACGAAAGAAGUCAUGGUGGAUGACAGACUUGUCACAAUGCAGAUUUGGGACACAGCAGGUCAGGAGAGGUUCCAGUCUUUAGGAGUGGCGUUCUAUCGCGGCGCAGACUGCUGCGUUCUCGUGUUUGACGUGACGGCACCCAACACCUUCAAGACUCUAGACAGCUGGAGGGACGAGUUUCUGAUCCAGGCCAGCCCCAGAGACCCAGAGAACUUCCCCUUUGUGGUGCUCGGCAACAAGAUCGACUUAGAGAACAGACAGGUCACAACCAAGCGGGCACAGGCUUGGUGUCAGAGCAAGAACAACAUCCCCUAUUUUGAAACCAGCGCCAAGGAGGCCAUCAAUGUAGAGCAGGCCUUCCAGACUAUUGCACGCAACGCUCUCAAACAGGAGACCGAGGUGGAGUUGUACAACGAAUUUCCAGAGCCGAUAAAGCUAGACAGGAACGAGCGAGCUAAGCCUUCAGCGGAGACCUGCAGCUGCUGA